AAGAUUUUCUUUAAUUAUCUUCGAAAUAACACAACACACACCAUUCUGGUUAAGGAAGCCGUUCCAUGACCAUGUUUAGCACCCGAGACAAUUGUUGUUUUCCUCGCACGAGUACAGCGGCGUCCGCACGGUCCGAAAUAUGUAAAACGCCAAAAAAAUGAAUUGAAGUGAAUGGGACCGUAAAGUCCAGAAUAGCUGCGCACAUCAAUGGCUGAAAAGACACGAGUCUGGUGGAAGCAGAGACUCUAGCAAACUUUUCCCUUUCAGCCAGCAACAAGGGAAGGUAAAAAGACUGACAGUUAUAUUGCACAGUGGAGAUGUAUUAUAUAAAAAAAGAAUAUAAUAAAAUAGACAGUCGUUAGGCCUAUUGCCAUCAGGCUAUAGGCUGGCCUGCACAGCAGAAAGGUGCACACAGCAUAGGAUAGGCCUAUUAUAAAAAGUACAAUAUUAUAAAAAUGUAUUAGCCUACUACGUAAUAGAACACUGCAAAUCUGAUAUACUGUGCUAUUGAGUUUAAUGUUUACUAAUCAAAACCAUAUUGUAACAAUAUAAACUAUAUUUACUUGACCUUACCUUAUUGUUAUGCCAUGUCUUUCUGCUAUUCUACAUAAUGGAUCAAUUAAUUUUAAGUGGAUAUACUGAAAUCCCUGAAAUUUUGAAGUUGGUACUCCGUAUACCCGCGUUCUACGUAGACUACACCACUGGUCCUCUCUCAUUUGUUAGGGUGAGAGAACCCAACCAUCAGACACUUGAUCCUUCUUCCCCGCAACAGGUUAAUGUGAAUACCGUGAAAUAGUGUCGCACAAUUCAGAGCCUUUAUUUUCUUUCAGUUGUUUCUUUUCUUACAAUAAUUGCCUCAUGGGCACAAUCGAUGGAUUGGACUAAGUCAACACCUCUGUAACAUCAGUUGAUUCCAAAACGUGUCACCCUUCAACACCCUGUGUGACCCUCUGAUAAAGACUGAAGUUACACCCAUUAAACACGUCAGGAAUAAUCUCAGACGAGCGAACAACUACAGGCAGCAUGUCCAGUGCUCUGUCUAUAAAGAGCGAUGUCUCAAAAGACCACCCACCCAACAUGGCAGAGGGGAGAAGCUGCAGGUCUGUGGACUCUGGCUAUCCCCCAUCUGAGGCCUCCUGGAGUGUGUCAUCUGGAUCAGUGCUAUGUGAUGUCUGCUCUGGGUCAGCAGUGAAGCGCUGCCUGACCUGCGAUGACAAGUACUGUGAGGUCCAUGUGAAGAACCACUACACAUCUCCAGACCUGGACAGCCACGAGCUACAGGAUCUCCAUCACCAAAGCCUCUGCCCACAGCAUCACAAAGAGCUGGAGUUCUACUGCAGAACCGACCAAUCAGCAAUCUGCUCACGCUGCUUCCUUUAUGAUCACAAUGGACAUGAUGUCAUCGAACAGACAUCUGCAAAUACAUCUCCAAGGUCCUCUACAAAAGAAGGUGUUCCUCCUCCUGGGCCGAUCCAGUUUGAGUCAGUGCAGCCAGACUCAGUGUCAUUACACUGGUCACCUCCAGAGGGCGCCCCUGGUAACUGCACCUACAAGGUCACCUGGACAGGCGUUCAAAAGCACCGCAGCCUUACGGUGACAGCUACAAGUUUAGAGAUGACAGAACUGACUCCAGGAGAGAAGUACCACUUCACUGUGGCCACCCUCAGCCAAGAUGGCCGCCAGAGCACACCUGUGGAGGGGGCUGUUCACACAGAGGUCCCCCCUCCACACAAUCUCCAGGUGAAUGUGGACCAGAAUUCACUCAAAGCCAGUGUGACUUGGACCAAGCCAGCUGGAGUGGACCAGGUGACUUACCUGUUAGAGAUCAUCAAAGCUGGAUAUCAGGGAGACAAACGCACCAUCCACCGAGACUCCUGCCAGUACACCAUGACUGGCCUGCUAUCAGCUGCACAUUACACCAUCAACGUCACCACUGUAGUCAACAAUGGCCGUCAAAGUCAACCAGCCUCCACAACCUUCUGUACAGGUUUUGAAUUUGCUUCAUUAAUGAAGAACCAUGCUAAGUUUGCAGGUCCACCCCUGAGGAUCGUCCUGAUUGGGAGAAUUGGAACGGGGAAGAGUGCCACAGGAAAUACCAUCCUGGGCAGAAAAGCAUUUCAGUCCACACCCUCAUUCCAGACUGUCACUCACACAUGUCAACAAGCAUCAAUCAGUAGCCCACGUGAAGUUCUGGUGGUUGAUACUCCUGGUGUAUUAGACCCAGAAAUAGAUGAUAAGAGAAUAAAAGAGGAGAUCCUUCAGUGCAUUAAGUUGUCCGCCCCAGGCCCCCAUGCCUUCCUGCUGGUCAUUUCUGUGCGCUGCCGCUUCACCAGAGAGGAACGGGAUAGAGUCAGGGCCCUCCAGGAGAUCUUUGGGGAGAAGGUGAAAGACCACAUCAUCAUCCUCUUCACAAAUGGGGAUCAGCUUGAUGCUGAUGGCGUAACGAUAAGGCAGUUUGUGGAGGGACAGCGCGCUGAGUUAAAAGAGGUGAUCAGCAGCUGUGGAGGGAGAUAUCAUGUGUUUAACAACAGGAGCAGAGACAGGAGUCAGGUAGAUGAGCUGCUGAGGAAAAUAGAUGAGAUGCUUGCAGCUAAUGGUGGACAGCACUUCACUCAUGACAACAGCCCUCUCCUGAGGCCAAUCUGCACACGUAAAGAGAAGGGCAAGUGGUUUAACUUGUUCUCAUGAAUACACAUCAGGCCUAGGGCUGGGCAACGUUAACGUGUUAACUAUUGAGGUGAGUAUCGCCCGACAAUUUUGUUAACGCUUAACGCAUUGGGUUUUUUUUUGGUUAUUUUUUUUAGCCUUUUAAGACCGUUGCGUUGUUGGUUUACUUUUAUUUUGCAACUGUCUGCGCUCUUAAAGCCCUGCCCCUCGCACGCAGCAGUUGGAGACCACCAGUGACAGCUGACAGAGAAAAAGACAUCAGGGUCUAGAAAGUAGGCAAAACUUCUGAAUGGACAUUUUCGUUACAAAGUUCUACAGCCCUCAUUGCGUAGCUCUCGAAAAGCAUGUGCGCCUUGGCAACUCGCAAGGUUAUGAAAAAAAGUAGCCUAUCAGCUGUCAAUAACGACACGCGGACUGACAGUGUGCAUAGCUGAAAACUAAAGCCUUGAUCAAAAAGCCGACCGCGAGAUAUUUAUUCCUCAGGCAACGUUUUGAUUUCUACCUAUAUCUGGCGUUGCGCAUGCACGGUAGGCUAGCAGAAGAGGCACAGUUGAAAAAUCAGUGGUAAAAGAAGGCAUCUUUAGCCGAAGUCUAAUUGCGUUUAACUGAAGCGCCUCACAAAGUUACAUUCAGCAUUCAUAUCGGCAGCAACAUAGUAUGAUUUCGCCGUGCCAAAAACUACACCCGACAUCAGCAACCUCACCUUUAUGUUAGGCCUAUUGUUUUGUGAUGUCAACGUUAUUGAUUUGAAAGUUGUAGCCUAAUUACCGCCAGCAGUCAGUCAUUUAGUUUCUAGUCGCUGCAACAUUUACAUUACAUUACAUUACAUUGCAUUUGGCAGACGCUUUAUGUCCUCUUUUGAAAGUCGCUUUGGUUAUAAUCAAGCCAACAUCACAAGCAAAUACAAAGUGCACAGGAGAUAUACAGAACAAGAAGUGCAGUUGCAAAGAGGGGUUAGUUUUUUUUUUUUUUUAAUAUACAGAGUAAAUAACGAGUACACACACACAACACACACACACACAAACUAAACUAAACUAAACUAAACAUCAUGUCAGGAGUCUGCCCUGGGGCAAGGCCAGUUGAAGCAUUAGUCUAGUAGAUUCUUUUGAAAGAGGAAUGUCUUUAGUUGUUUCUUGAAGGCUGCAAGAGAUGUGCUUAGUCUUGCUGCCUCUGGGAGACUGUUCCACCACUUGGGUACCACAACAGAGAACAAUCUUGACUGGGAGUACCUAGAGCGACUGGAUGGCAGAGCCAGACGGCUUGUGCUGGAUGAGCGCAGUUCUCUUCCAUAUAAGGCGUUAGUAGGUCCUUCAGAUAAGCUGGGGCCGUUCCUGUGAUGGUUUUGUAGGCAAGGGUCAAGGGUCAUCAAAGGGUCAUCAACAUAAUGGCGACAGAUAAGGACUGAGAGUGGAGGGUAAAGUUCUAGGCUACUCCACGCUCUUGACAGUGAGGGAAGGAGGGGCAUAGGGCCUAUCAGACACACGUCUGCUUGCCUAAUUAAUUUCAAGUGACAAGGUUUGUUUCUUGUAGGCCCAUGUAGACUAUCCUAAUUUGAGUUUCUGAUAUUUCAGCUUCAGUUCAAUCUAAAUAGCCUAUAAUUUAAUAAUUGUAUGCAAUAAUGGUGAUACUCUAAUCUUCAAUAGCCUAAGUGUAUGCAAAAAAACCCUAUCCUCUACAAUAGCCUAAUUUGUUUCAUUAGUUACAUGCUUUAUAACUUAGUGUGAUACAGUAUGUAGGCCUAGAUUGGCAAAUAGGCCCAUUUCUAUUUUGAAAGAUAGAUAUAGGCCUAUUAGGCUACACAGGUUACAGUAGCAAAUUAUGAUUAUGAUUGGUCUACUUCAUCUUAGAAAAUGUCAAUGUAUAUAUUCUAUUCUUUUCUCUACUUCUUUUCUCUUUCCUUUUCUAUUCUUUAGUCUAUUUUUUUAUUUAAAAAAAAGAUUCCAUCUCUUUCUGUGGUCGUCUGUGAUAUAUGAUAAUUACGGUGUCAUCAGUGAUUUGGUAAUCUGACAUUUUCAAAUAUAUUGGCGCUUUUGAAUUCAUAUUUGGGUUCCGCGCGCUAUGCCAUUAAUCACGAUUAAUCACAGAAAGUCAUUGAGUUAAUAAGAUUUUCAAGUAUGCCCACCCCUAAUCAGGCCUCUUUACUGUAUGAAUAGAAACACUGGGCCACUUUCCCUGGUAAAUAUGCGUCUGGCCUUUCUCCAACACACUAUAAUAAACAUGUGGACAUGUGAGGCAUUUCUCCAACUGAAUAUACUUGGUUAAAAGGUAGAGGGCUGGAGGGCUGCUGCGUUCAAGUGGUAAAACUAGUUGUGGUUUGAAGGUGCUCUUUGGCCAAGACGUAGAAAAUAUCAAAAAAAGGCAGGACGCCAAGGCACUCUUCUUAGAUAAAACCGCUUCAUUAUAAAGGCUAGUUCAUGUUUGAACUUAAAUAAUUAAAAAUACUGCCACUGCCAACAUGUUUCGGCCCGCUACAGGGCCUUCAUCAGGGCACAAGGUGAAUCAAGCAGUGUAGCACAUAAGAGUCUCAAACACACUAAUCAAUCAGCUGAUUGACUCAAGGUGACGUAGGCGGAGUCUGCUCCUGCAGAGCUACAAGGUACAAACAACCACAACAAUAGAAAGCUGCCAGUGGCAGUCUUAAAAAUGUUAAAUGCAUAAAGAGUAUCACAUUACUGGAAAGAAAAACAAAAAGACAUUACAAAGCUCGAUGGUUCAAAGAAAAGAUAUCAUAUCUAUAUUGUCAUUUAGACCAGGGAAACGCAUGGCAUUAAGCCUAUGUAUCCAGCGACCCUUUUUCUAAUUCAACGUCUUCUGUCUGUCUCCUCUCCUAGAAUAUACUUGGUUUUCCAACCACUCCUAUGACAAGCCAUGGUUGUUUAAUUAUGAUGUAUGAAACAUUUGAAAUCCUAAUUAAUUUUCAUUUCAAUAAAAUUACAGUAUAUGCAGCUUAAUGUCUCAAAGCCCUUAUUUCACAAACACAAUUCAAUAUCACACAUACACACUGUCAAUUUGUUUCUGGUUUUGAUUGGUUUGGUUUCAACUGGUGCAAUGUACCCCAACUUGAAUAAAGGAAUGUGACAUCUGGUGGAGGUUUGAGGUACUGGAAUUCACUCAAGGAGUUGACAUGACAACAGUUUCCUUUCUUGCUUUUCCUCUUUUUUUUCUUUUUAUUAAAGUUCAAGGCACAAGUCCAUAAGUUUUCAAUGAUGGGUGGUUCAAACAAUCAAAGAAAGUUUUAGCAGUCGUAGUCUUAUUCCCCUAGGGUAAAAAACCGACUGCCGCUCCAGUUUUCAGAUGUCACAUUUGCACAGUACUAAUUCAUUCUUAAGAGUAGCACAGCAUUUUAAACUAGCUAAAAUUGGAUCUUCUCCAAUUCGCCAUUUAAGCUGCAUUUUUUGCUAUACUUUGGUCAUACUAGUAAAUAUUAGUCAAUGACUUUGUAAAUAUCCAUGAAAAGAUGAAAUUUGGCAAUAGGCAGCGCAGUUUCAAUGAGCAGCAUAGCUCCAAUACCUACUCUGGCCACAACCAUACACAGUUCACCUUUAAGUAUCAUAGA